AUGGCUACCCAAGCCAAACCUCAGUCCUUCCAGGACCGCGAAUUCUUCCCUUCCUUUAGCGACUGUCCGCUAGAAUACUCCUGGGAUGACCGGUAUCUCGUCGAGCGUGGCGACGCCACCGUUGUUAACCGCAAACACUGGUGUCUUCUAGGAGAUAUCAUCCAUGUCAGCACCUUCGCCCGCCUGCGUGUCGUAGCAAAGGACCAUAAAGGUGAUACGUUUGUCGUUGGAUUCUACGUGGACGAUCUAAACGAUAUGCUUCGUAUGCAAAAGGAGUUCAAGAUCAUCCCCCUCGGGUUAAAAGAUGCCAUCAAGAUGAACGAACAAGUCCUCAAGUACACGGUUGCAGAAGGAACCCAACGGAAAUGCCACGGUUGCGAUAACGUAAAGAUGAAUAUCAACGCCUGUGCAGGAUGUACGCUCUUCUACUACUGCAACAAGGACUGCCAAGCGAAGGCAUGGAAGGAGAAAGAGCAUAAGAAAUUCUGCAAGAUUCUCAGCCGGGAGGAUAUCAAACUGACGCACUUCUUGAAAUAUGAGACCUACGAUGCUUCUGUUUCCUUUGAGUAA